CCUGUUCUGCAAAAAUGGUCACAAUUAAGCUGAUCAGUGAUAUGAUUCACGUUGAGACGGUUCAUUUUUAUAGUUGCGCCAGAGUUUCAAACAAUUGCCUGAAUAAGUCAUACUGAAUGCCUGAAAGAAUUUCAUUGCGGUAUAGUAGUUUACGGGGAAACUUCUGAAAGCCGGAUUGUGUAUUUCUUGUGAAACCGUAUCUGAGGCACUCGCUGUGCAGCCACAAACUUCUUUCAUAUCGUUCAAUGCGAACCAAAAGCUAUAGUUUACGAUGAAUUCUGUAGCGUCUCUCGGCGCUGCAGGCAGUGAGAAAGAGAUGCAGAGAGCUCGGACUUGAAACAAAACCCCCGAAUUUCUUUUUAUUGCAAUUAUUUUUAGAUUUAUAUGGUUUCUUGCAAUGCACACAUGUUAUUAUCAGCAGCGAUAUUUUUCUAACCUUUUACCCAAAAAUUCAACGCUGAACGUUUCAGUUAUUUAGUGAACGAAACGACGAUCACAAGUACAUAAUUAUAGUGAAUUUGAAUAUUGUUUUCCAAACGCUCAAAUUGCAGACACAGGAAUGCUGGGUCUUUGUAAAUAACAUUAGUGUUGAACGGAUGGUAGAACGGACGCUACAGGGGUAAUUAAAGAGGUCUCCGACGCUUCCUUCUGGGUGUUACAAACUUCUUGACAAACUUAAUAUCUCAACGAAACUGGGAAGAAUCUUUAUUUCAAGCAAAAUGGGCAGAAUAUUCACAAAUAAGCUGAAACAAAACACUCGGUUGUUUGUGUUUCUCAUACUGUGCGUUUUCAGCGCUGCGAAACAGUACGACGAGGGUGAUUUCUGUGAUUUUUCGGACUAUAACGGGACGUGCUUGAGAGUAACAAAAUGUUUGAAUUUACCUGUCGUGGCGCAAACCUUGGGUUUGAAGCGAGAGCAAAUUGGUCAUUGUGAAGAAAUAAUUUGUUGUCCCAUACUUCAUAAAAAUGUUACAGGGGUUCCGCGUGUGGAUGAAAACGAGAUAAUAUAUUUUAUAUUUAAUGGGGCCAGAAAUGCAACUAUUAAUAACUACCUAACAAGUGGCAAUGAAAACCAUGUGUUAACUGCAAAGGUAGGACAGAGAAUGCAAGAAAUACCCAUUGAAAAUAACGAUGUGCCAAAUAAUGCCGGCAAUAACGGUGAAAGUAGGGCUGUUGAAGAUUCGAGCGAAAAGACGGCCCAAGUGCUGUCUGAGCCUUUAAGCGCAACUGGAAAGGUGGUGGGGAUUGGCAAUAUUCCCUUGCCAGGUAAUGUGAACGCUUAUACCCCUUGUAAGACGAGACACUACAAUGGCAUCUGCAAGGCAAAGUUACAGUGCAGACAUUUAGCCGUUACCUUGGUGGAGAUGGGUCUAAAUGAUACGGAUGUGACACAUUGCGAUCAUGAAUACAUAAUUUGCUGUCCCAAUAUUGAACGACCCGCUGUUCGUGCCUGUCGAGCUAUUGAAAGCGAAUUAGAACCAUAUCAAGAGGAACAUAUUUUCGGUGGUCACAAAGUGUCCGCCAAGGAAUAUCCAUUUAUGGCUUACAUUGUUUAUGACCAGCCGGAUUUUGUUUGUGGUGGUACUUUGAUCCAUGAGCGUUUCGUGUUAACAGCAGCGCAUUGUGUCGUACAACAUGCGGUCAAAGCUAUAAAAGUAACUUUGGGUAUAGCAAAUUUAUAUGAUUCUAGAGAAGCGCGCUAUCGGCAAGAUAUAGAUAUUAAGAGAACGAUUGACCAUGAGAAAUAUUCAAGCUUAUCAAAUUAUUACGACAUCGCUGUGAUUGAAUUGGCUAAAGAGGUCAAACGCGGUCUAACAGUGUAUCCGACAUGUUUGCAUACCGAUCGAACAGAGCUACCUGAUGACAUUGAACUCACCACGGCUGGGUGGGGAAUAACCGAGAAUAAAUCCCUUUCAGAACAUUUAUUAGCAGUGCAAUUGAAAAAAACACCGCUUUCAAAAUGUAUUCAAAGUUAUGCACAAUAUAUUGGACGAUACAUGAACCAUGGCAUUGCGGACACACAACUCUGUGCCCUUGCGCCUGGAAAGGAUUCUUGUCUUGGUGACUCCGGUGGCCCUUUACUUCUGAGUGAAAAUGCAGCAUAUAAUAACUACAGAGUCGUCGGCAUCACUUCAUUUGGUUCAACGUGUGGCCAAACUGUGCCCGGUGUGUAUACCAGGGUGUCAAAGUUUUUGGAUUUCGUUGAAGCCAUUGUAUGGCCGGAUGAAUAUUUUAAAUAUAUAUCGUUAAUAAAAAGGUCCGAUGAUGAGCGAAAAGAUGUGUUGUCUGAUUCUCAUUCGGUUGAUGGUUUCGCAUCGAUGUGUAUAAUCGAACAACAUGUAGUGCGCAAGAUCGCUUCUGUUUCGAUAAAGUGGCCAACACCAGUACAAACACCAUCUAAACUUUCCAACGCUUUUAUAGAUCUAUCCAAACAGCCUGAGUUUGAAAACAGGCCGCCACCAGCCGGUGUGAUUAGUGAUAGUUCUAUUCCCAGCAUUACAAGUACACCUAUGAAUUUUAAUCAAAAUGGCAACAUUUUUCAAGAACACAUACCAGAUGAAGAGGAGAGAUUAAAAGUUUUAUUCAAUGGCAACUUUGGUCCAGCUGGAAUUGGCAAUAAUGUGGGGGAAUUGAGUGGCGACUCUGCUCCGGUUUUAAAUAGAAAUAACAACAUUUUCUUCAAUGAAAAUCCAGUACCAAAUAUAAAAAACAAACAAAAUUUAAAUGGUAACCCUGUUGUCGAUGAAAAUAAAAGAUUUGAAGCUAUAUUCGGUGAUAACCCUAUACAGGUCGGAAAUGGUAAUAGUCAAGAUGAAAAGAAGGGGAAUCCAUUUCCGGAAGUAAAUAAAAAUAAUAACGGAUUCAUCAGGGCAGAUACAUUGCCGAAUGUACAGGAGAACCAAAAUUUUAAUGGCAACAUUGCUAUCGAUGAAAAUAAAAGAUUUAAAGCUAUAUUCGGUGAUAACCCUGUACAGGUCAAAGAUGUAAAUAGUCGAGAUGAAAGGAAAAGAAACCCUCUUCCGUUAGUAAGAGGAACAGAUACCGUUUUUUUCAAUGCAAAUCCAGUAGCCCAUAUACAGGAAAAUCAAAACGUAAAUGGUAACCCUGUUAUCGAUGAAAAUGAAAGAUUUAAUGCUAUAUUCAAUGGUAACCCUCUCCCGAUUGGCGAUGAUAUGGGGAGACCAAAUGGUGUAAUUAAUCGAGAUCCUGCUGAAAAUUUUAAUGCUAAAGGCAAUACUAUCUUCUGCGGUAAUCUUGAACAGGUCAGUAAUGGUAAUAAUAAAGAGGAAAGGAAGGGAAAUACUGUUUCGGGUGUAAAUGGAAAUAAUAAUGAUUUUUUCAGCGGAAAUCCAGUGUGGAAUGUACAAGAAAUCCAAAAGAUAAAUGGUAACCCUAUUAUCGAUGAAAAUGAAAGAUUUAAUUCUAUUUUCAAUGGCAGCCCUAGUCAAACUGGAAGUGUAAGUAGUAUUGGGGAAUGGAAGAGAAAUUCUGUUCCGGUUAUAGUUGGGAAUAAUAACGGCAUUUUUAAUGCAAAUACCAUACCGAAUUCACAAGCCAAUCAACAUACACAUGGUAACCCUGUUAUCGAUGAAAAUAAUAAAUUUAAAAAUGUUAAAGGUAGACUAAAUGGUGUAAUUAGUCAAAAUCCUGGUAUAUUCGCCGGUAAUGGUCAAUUAGAAAGCAACCAAUCGAAUAAAUAUCGGAAAUUUUAUUUCAAACAUUCUAAAUUACAACCAAGUGAACAUUACAAUAUGCUGCUGCUACUGCUGCUGGGUAGCGUGUUCACUGCUCUGCUUGGAAUGACCACAGCUCAAAUGCAGGUUGGUGAUCAAUGUCAAAUUAGAAAUUUUAAAGGCAUUUGCACUGAGGCAAGCAAAUGUACGGAUCUGCCGUUUACCAUGUCUCAGUUGGGCCUGAAAAGACGUGAUAUACAACGUUGUGGAUUCACUGUAUUCGAUGAAAUAAUCUGUUGUCCCUCUCUUUCUACUCCCACCACAACCAUAAAAACACGAUCCGAUGAUCGUCCAGCUGUAAAAGCUUGCAUUGAAAUCGAUGGACAAUUGCAGCCGCUGCUUACACCACACAUUCUAGGCGGUACACCCGUAGAAUUAGGUGAAUAUCCACAUAUGGUAGCUAUUGGACUCACUAAUACAGAUGAUGUUGUGGAGUACAAUUGCGGCGGUACUUUGAUUGCAAAGCGCUUUGUUUUAACUGCGGCCCAUUGUCUAGUCACACAACAAAUACCGGUUAUGGUGCGAAUGGGUGUGGUGAAUUUCACUGACACCGAACAAAUGAAGGGAGCUGUUGAAAUCAAAAUUAAGAAAACUCACAUACAUCCGGACUAUACGAGCGCCUCUGUUUAUAACGAUGUGGGCUUGCUGGAAUUAGAGGACGAAGUUAUUUACAGUUACAAUGUAUUCCCGACAUGCCUCUACACCGAUCCGGAUGAUCCGCCAGCCAAAUCUGUGCUCUAUGUCACCGGCUGGGGUGUCAUGAAUAGAAACACGCGUGAAAAAUCGGAUGUUUUAUUGAAAGCGCGUCAAACGAUCGUCGACAACUCGAAAUGUAAUGAAAGUUACGUGGACAGCGGGUUGACACGUCGCAAUAGGGAAGGUAUCAUCGCUAGUCAGAUGUGCGCGCAUGACCCUGGCUUAAUAAAGGAUGCCUGCCAGGGUGACUCAGGCGGUCCGCUGAAUUUGGUUGUCGACGAGGCUUUAAACAAAUAUCGUGUAGUUGCUGUUAUUUCGGCUGGAUUUACCUGUGGCAGUUCCACACCUGGUCUUUACAGCCGCGUGUCUUCCUUUUUGGACUGGAUCGAGAGCAUCGUUUGGCCCAGUGGAUAGAUUUGACGAUAUUUUACGCUUUACCUUCUCGGAAGUGAUAACUCUAAAAUACGAAACCACCAUAUUGCCAUACAUUUUCUAAACUAGUUAAGGAGACAAAAAUUAAAUUAAGUAAUGCAUGAAUUUAUAUUAUAAUAUAUCGGUCCGAAGAAAACAUUUUAAUAAAGAAACACCAAAUUCAGUUUUG